GUGAGAGGUAUGUUUGUUUUAUCGUCUGCAUACGAAAGGGUGUCUCAGUGAGGUUGGCGAGUGCAAGGAUCGCAGGGGCUGUCCACCAGUGAUUUAAAUGAUGCUUGUGGCCACAGUGAUUGCCGUUUCAACUAUUCUGGCAUCCAAUCAAUGCGAAGGAGUCGUCAAACGAUGGGACAUGAACUGGGAUCUUGACGAUCCUGACAACUGGAAGGGGAGAGACUUGCCCUGCGGAGGAAGAGCGGCCUCUCUCCCUCGCAGACCUACAAUUCCGGUCUUCCUUGGAGAUCGCCUGACCACAGCCUCAUUGGACCUUCCGGUGGAAGGAGAACUCAUAUUUGGCAACGGGGCCAACUUAGUCUUGGACGAUUCACAGCAAGAGGAAUGUCAAGACGCUACGUGGAUCCACCAUGGCCAUGACAGUUGGUGGGAUCCCGAUGCUUGGCACUAUCCAAAGUUCGACGAUGCUGCGAGGUCGCCAGUACCUCACGUCCACCGUGUCCCGUGCAUCAGGGACGGGGUCAGUUUCAGCAACCCCAACCUCUCGAUGUACAGCGUACAUCUCUCGCCUCCACCCAUAACUGUGUCCAGCUUCACCAUUGGCAACCAAGAUUACACUACGUCAGACUUGGCCGCUUACGCAAGGACACAAGAGGGUCUUUUCAGGUUCGUGGGUGUCUCCUCGCAGAGUGAUGCUGCUCUGUUGUACGUCGACAGACCUGAAGAGUGUUCUGAUAUCACAGGAUGUUUAUGUGGGACAGAAGAUGCAUUAGAGAAAAUCUGUCACAUCAUGAAACCGAAGUGUCCUACACCUGAGUGUGACAGUCCAAUCAAAAUGAAAGGAUUUUGCUGCGAAGUUUGUGGAGCUGAAGUUGUCAUCACACACAAUGGAUCCUUACCCUUAAGGGAUGUUGAAAAUCUUCUGGAAGAUCACAUAAGGACACCGGUUGCUGAACAUCUGACAACUUAUAUUUCCAAAAUGGACGACGAUUUCUUCCACGUAUAUUUUACUCCAGUUAAUGACCAAGGCAAUUACAUAACUGCUUCUCUCGCGUUUAAAACCAAAUUUGACAUAGAGUUCAGCGCUGCAGGGCAACAUACAACCUUGCUGGCUUUCUCAGGAAAUCAAAUUCCAGAAGGCAGGAAAGGACCAUCGGCUCAUAGUGUUGCCGCAGCUUUCAUCACUCUCUCAGUCUGCUUAGCUAUUGGCAUCGCUGUUUAUUACCUCAGGAAAAGAAGGAUAACCACACAACUGUCCUUCAUGUUUCGUCGACUGGAGAGCAGUAGCCGACGUGUUUCUGUUGUGAGUGACGUUGGAGGCCGACGUCUUUCUACUGCUUCCUCGAUAUUCAUGCCUUCCUACAACCGGGAAGGAGGGCUCAGAUUUUUAAACCCCAUCUUCAAUCAGUCCAUGGCAUCUCUUGUAGGAGCUGGAGUAAGUGACGGGCAGCCACCACCAACAGCUGUACCUGAUGAUCAACUAGAAGGAGAACACGAAAACCCUAUGUACAAAGCUUAUGAAAACAUGUCCCAAGAGGAGAAACAGGCUUCAGAGGAUACUCUUCGGGCUCAGGGGAUCAAUAUUAGUGGACCGGUGCUGUCCAGUGAUUCUUCUCCAAGUGAGCAAAAUCUCAUUUUACAUGGUUCUCAACGUCCAGACCUUGACAUCAUAGAAGAGGAGAAAUUCAUAAAUGAUGAAACUGGUGACACAAGCCCUGAAGAUUCUCAUACAGAAAAUUUGAACAAUUUGUAUACUAAUGAUGUGAAAAAUUACCCCGACAAAGAUUCUACCCAUGACAGUUCAGCUGAAGUUGAUAACCCUGAAGCGAGUGCUACUGAUCAAAAGCAAGAACCUGAUACAAAUGCUGUAUUUUUCCUAGAUAUUGACUCCCCAUCAUCAUGUGGAACUGACAAAGAUCCACCAGCAAUGCUGGAAGGUGACUUUUUUAAUGCAUUGGAGUUAAAUGAAGAUGAUCAGAAAAAUUUAAAUGAUGGUUCAAGGCAAGAGGAUGCUCCAGAAAAGGCCAAUGAAAGUGACAUUGUAUCAACAUCAUCCUCUGAUGAUAACAUAGAUGCAUCCAUGAACAUUGAGGGCUUUGUACCUCUAAAAGAUUUCGGACCCCAAAAUUAAAAGAUCUUACAAGUUGCCAUAGUUUCUGAAAAGAACCGUUUGAUGAAGAAUCUGUCUAAAAACCGUUUGCAGUCUUGUUAGAAACUGAUUUUAUCAUAGUGGCUCAUAGCUGCAUGGAAAGUGCACGUACAGUAUAUUACCCUCCUAGACAUUAGACAAUUGUUAAAUAUUUUGAAAAGAUAUUACUAUUGUUUGAGAUGGAGUACAAGACACCCCCAUUUUAGUAAGGCAAAUUCAAGAGAAAAGUUUAAGUGCAUUUAUGCAGCAUGUAACAUUGUUGGCAAGAUGGCAGUAUACUAUUACAAAACAUUAACUACAGCAAAAACAUAAAAGAACCUUAGUUUUGCAGACAAAUUUAUCAUACAUAUGGCAAAACUCAAGCUAGCAGUACAACUGAACAAGUGUGUUCAGCUCCUGAAUGCACUUGCCAUAUGUAAAUGCACCCAUACCACUGUAUAACAGUCGUGCUUCUCUGCAACCUUAAUGUUAUGUUUACAGAGUUAGUGUUUCAACAUUUAUUUCCUUUCCAUUGUGGGUGUCUUUUGUAGUUUCCAACUAGUUAUUGAUAGGAGUGUGUUGAGGCAUAUUUAGGUAUGAUGCAGGGUCAGCUGGUACUGCCUAAAGUCACUGGUACUUUGUUAAUGAUAAAUUCUAUCUCAGUAAUAGGAGUACUAAUGAUAAAUAAUAAAGGUAAUAAUAAUGUCAUUUAAAUAAAUCAUAUUAUGGAUUAGGGAUAGGUGGUACUGACUAUAUGGGAUAAAAUUAGCCUACAGCAGUGACCAUCAGGGCUAACAUUAGCCCAAGGAGGUCUCACUUUUGCAUUUAAGACCUAGGUGUGACUUUUAUGCCUUCUUUGGAAAAUUAUAAAUACUUAAUUUAAGAUUUAUUUUUUGAAUACUUACCCUUCCAUUAUAAGGCUUUACCUUUCACACUAGUGAUGGUAUGACAUAGUAGAAUUCAAAAGGCUCUUCCUAUUUCUUGAACAAGUCUAUAGCCAUCCAUUUUCCCCACACUCCACCAGGGGACCUAUAGGUCCCAACACUGGUUGGCAGACAGUAUUCUUUGGAGUACAGUACUUUGAACGUGGGGAGAAUGGGAGUCAGUACUUAUAUGAUAUAAAGGUAAGUAGUACAGUCAAACCUUGACUUAUGAGUGAACCAACAUACAAGUUUUCUGAGAUAUGAGCCGGCACACUGGCGAUUUUUGCUUUAAGAAGUAAGCCGAGAUUUGAACUACGACCCAGUGAGCCCAGGAGACACCAUCUCCCACAGUCAGCACUGAGCUGCCUGAGCCAAGCAAUCUCUUCCAGUUCAUGUGGUUACCUUGCCACGUGAGCAUCUCUGCAGCAUCUCAUAGCAUUUCUUGGUUUGUUUUCUCACUGUGUCCCAUUAAUUUUGGAACAUUUCUUAGUUUUCACCUAUGGGUCCUAGGAAAAUGUCAAGACCAGUUCUGAGAAGAAGAAAAGGCCAAUUACCUUAGACAUGAAGCAUGAAUUAAUAGAAAACCAUGAUCAAGGUGUGCAUGUUAUGGACUUGGUAAGGCAGUACAACUGGACUACUUCUACAAUCUGUACCAAUUUGAAGCAGAAGGAGUUGAUAAAGGCUAUAACACCAGCCAAGUGCAUUAGGAUUAUCUCAAAGUUUUGGACCUCUGCCCAUGAAGAGAUGGAGAAGUUGUUACUGAAUAAGAAGCAGCUUGCAGGAGAUACCAUGACGGAGAGCAUCAUCUGUGAGAAGGCAUGAGACAUCUAAGUGGAUCUGGCACGGAAGAUACCAGGGACAUCGAUGGACAAGGCAUCAGAAGUGUCAUUGAAAGCCAGUUAGUGUUGGUUUGAUACUAAUUUUAAAAAGAGGACCAGCAUUCACUCUAUCAUCAGACAUCGUGGCAGCAAGCUCCUAUAUGAAGGCAGCUGAGGACCUUAUUCAAAGUUUUGCUGAACAGGUAGAAGCCGAAGGAUGUGUCACUCAGCAAGUCUUCAACUGUGACAAAACAGGCCUCUUCUGGAAAAAGAUGCUGAGGAGGACCUAUAUAACAGCAGAGAAGAACUUGCCAGGCCAAAAACCUUUGAAGGAUAGGCCAACUCUUGCACCGUGCGCAAAUGCGAGUGGUGACUGCAAAGUUAAGCCGCUACUUGUACAUCACUUGGAAAACCCCAGAGCUUUUAAGUCUCAUAAGAUAACCAAAGAAAAUCUACAGGUUAUGCAGAGAGCAAACUCAAAGGAAUUGGUCACUAAGGAUAUCUUCGUCCAGUAUGUAAACAUCAUCAUUGGUACUACAAUCAAGAGUUACCUCACCACAAAUAACUUACCCCUGAAAAGCCCUUCUUAUCCUCGGCAAUGCUCCCACACACACCUCAAAGAUGACAUCUGAGAAGAAUUAAAGUUUUUUGAGGUCCUCUUCCUUCCACUCAACACCACCCCUAUCCUGUAGUCCAUGGACCAACAGGUGAUUUAAUUUUUUAAAUGUCUAUCCACAAAGCACCUGUUCAGGCAGUGCUGCAAGGUUACAGAGUCCACAAACCUCACCCUUCAAGAGUUCUGGAAGGAUCACUAAAACAUGGUGACCUGCCUCAAAAUUAUCGACAUGGCUUGGCAAGGUGUUACAAAGAUUACCUUCAACUCUGAAUGGAAGAAAAGCCCUUCAGGACUUUGAAGGACUCAAACCUGAAGAGCUAUUGGUGGAAAAUAUUGUAUCUGUCAGGAAGUCCAUAAGCCUGGAAGUGGAUGAAGAUGAUGUUGACGACCUCAAUGAGGAGCAUGAGGAGCUUACAAUGAAGGAAUUAAAGGAGCUACAGCAGCAGCAGUGUAUGGAAGCUUUGGAGGAGGAGGAGGAGCAAGUGCUGGAGGUGGCUGUUACAACUGAGAUUAAGGAAGUGUUGGGAUGUGUGUUUAUUGAAAAGAAACACCAUGAAAAAUCUGCAACAGGUCGUGUGUCGGAGCUGUUUAACGACACUCGCCUAACUCAUUUUUGGAAAAUUUUGAAAGACAGGAAGAAACAAACGUCCUUGAACAGCCUAUUAGUGAAAUGCCCCGCACGUGAAAGCGAGGAAAGUGCGGCAGGCUAAAGACAGUGAAGAAGAUUAAAAAUUUUAAAAAAUGAAAGUGUAGCAAUUAAGUUUAGCAAUUUAGUGUAGCAUAGUGUGUAAGUUAAAUAUAGCAAUGUAGCAUUAAGUGUCUAGUAAGUAAGUUAAGUUAGUUUAGUUCAGUUUAGUAUAUCUUAGUUUUACCAGACCACUGAGCUGAUUAACAGCUCUCCUAGGGCUGGCCCGAAGGAUUAGAUAUUUUUUUUAUGUGGCUAGGAACCAAUUGGUCACCUAGCAACGGGACCUACAGCUUAUUGUGGGAUCCGAACCACAUUAUAUCGAAAAAUUAAUUUCUAAUCACCAGAAAUACAUUCCUCUAAUUCCACGUUGGCCGCUCCAAGAAUCGAACUUCAGACCACCGGAUUGGUAGCUGAGCGCGAAAGCCACUUGUCCAAUGAGGAACUAGUUAAGUUAGUGAUAGACCACAACACUGUAGGGGCUCUUGAUAUGGACAGAAUUGGGGAAUUGAUGGGGAAAUAUUUGGAGGUUAUAUUAAAUGGAACAUCACAAUUUUUAAAAGUAAGUUGUAUUUUUCCUAACUAUAAAAACCUGAGGUCCUGUACAUUAGGAAUUAAUUUUCAGAGUAGGCUGGAAUACAGCCAUUAAAUUCUUGAACAAGGUGGUUAGGCAGUAACUACUGUCUGGUAGGCGGGUAGGCCUACUUGCCCGAAUGUAAACACUCCUAUUUGCCUUUCAGCCUACGUUUCAGAUUGAGGGGUGGUAUGAGGUGGGCAUUAAUGUAAAGGACCUCAGGUUUGUAUAAUUAGGAAAAUUACAAUUUACUUUAAAAUAUUGUGAUUUGUUCCUAGACAAUAUACAAAUCCUUGGUCAUUUACAUUAGGAAGACUCACUGAUUGGUAGGAGGAAUGUGAGUGAGCCUCUAAAACUGAUUGGAGUUCAGCACACCUGGGCUAUUCCUCCUUGUCCUCUUGAAGGAGCCGGGUAAGCAAACACAACUUGUGAGCAUCCACCAACGUACAAGGAAAAGAGGUUCCAAGGACCUGCGGGCAGACCCGAAAGAAGAAAUUUAUAAAUGCAGUCAUGAUGAGACCGUAUCUAUCUUCUGGUUUGGCAUAUACUUCAGAGUGAUGAAAAGUACCAAGCCACUGGCACUGCUCAUGAUCUGAGAGAGCGAACAGUGGACGUAUCCAACUGCAGAGGAGUUCCUCAUGAUCUCAUAGGACUCGGAGGAAGACAUGUUAUUAGACACUUCUGCAUUGCAAGUCAGCAGCGGAUAAAGGUAUUGACACUCAAUGAAGGGUGUUGAUUCUUAGUAAGUACAGCAACACACCAAUAGGACAAAGUAAUGACUGAUUUGGAUCAACCAAUACAAAGUCCAAAGUGAAGGAGAUCAUGAAGGAUUCGGACUCAUCAACAGAUGCUGAAUAAUUGCGCACCCGAGACAAGCCAAGACAUAAUGGGCCUUUGGAAGGGUGAUGUUGAGAACGAACCAUGCAAAUCAUCUAUCUUCUUCGCCAAGGAUGUUGAGAGACGAGAUGAUGAUUCUCGCAAGGUAUAUGCACAUUAGAAGAGAGUCAAAUGCCUUCUAAAGAACGAAGUCCCUGUGAUGGCAGUAGUUAAAUCUCAACUAAAAAGAAAUAUUACUACUUAGUGAAAGAAUAAGGUGAAUUUGGACCUAUGUCUUCACCGUUGAAGCAGAGAGAAGUGAACUCUCAUGAUUCUGAUCAUAGAAAAAGUCCCGUCAAUGACACCAACCAGUGAAGACAGCUCUAAUCCCUGGUGCUUUACAGAGGACUGAAAAAGUUAUUCCACUAUUACAUUGCUACUCGACGAGAAAGUUGGUGCUUGCAAUGAAGGUGAAGAGUCUUUCAGUAAUGAAAACACAGGGAUUGUACUGCACAAAGAACUUUUCUAUCUACUCUGGAAGCAGGGCUAGUCAGGCGGGGAACAGGCGAAGUCUUCCAUUACUCAUUUCAAUUCGGGGUGAACAAAGAAUAAUUGAACACCUUACGAAUUAGACAAUGUAUAAUAGAAGACAAAACUCAAAUUGUCUGAAGAAAAUUAUUCUGCAUCAUUGCAGCAGCCGAUGGGGCAGGUGCGAUGGAAACAAAGAUUAGUACAGACUUCUGUACUUAUAUCGUGGCCUCUCAUUCACCACCUCUUUGUCACUCGCUUCUAAUCCAAGUACACUACUAUGAGAUUCACAGCUGGUGUCCCUGUGUUUUUCCAGAACAAAAUUUUAUCAAUGUACCUGACAAAAAUGACACUUGUCACGGCGUAUCUUACAUCCCUACCUAAUUUUCAACUGUAUUCUGUAAUACAAAAGUUGCAUAAUUCUGAUAAUUAUAUGAGUACCACAGACUUCUUGUAGACAUUGCCAUCAAACUCAGAGGAAUGUCUUUUGAAGAUAUAAUGACGAACCUUAUGACGUCAUUAACUUACCUCCUUCUUGUUGGAUAAUUGGCUAUUCGUGAAAAAGUCUCCACCUCUGGCAACAAUGAAAUACAACCAAUACUCCUUGUUUACACUUUGUAGUAGUAGUAGUAGAAUAUAGGAUUUAUUCCAAGAGGUCGAGUGCUAGAAUCCUUGAAGAAAAGGGUUUCCACAAGUAAUCCGAGGAAUUACUGUCUAUCACUAUUUCUCCUUUGAAAAAUUGUGAUUAAAAACCCAUUAACAAAGUGAAGAAAACUUUGGCAUUCGUUGUAACUCCUUUGAUAUAUUUCCUAUUAUGAUAGUGACAAUCAUUUUAAUAAAUAGAAAAUUGCAUAUGAUUAGAUUGGAUUAUAGAUUUAGACUUCCAGCCAAGCACUGGGGCAGCAAAGGUCAUUCAGGGAUGUAUCAUAACCCAUGACAUUUUUUUUGGCAAAGCAAGUUUUCAUGUUGUUCCGCAAGUUAUAUUUUACUAAGAAAUCAACAACUAUUGCUUUAUAGAGUAUAUAUACUUAUCUUUCUGCACCUUAUGUAAGUCAACAAAUGACGAAAACUUGGUAGCCUUGGAUGUCCGGGUGUUUUACCUGUUCAAGCGUACAUAGGGUUUGCCACGGGCCUCCUCACUUCUAAACAAUUGUGCAAGUAGAAUUACAAAAGCUGUCCUGCAACCAUUGGGAAAUUGACUUAUCAUAGCCACCAUUCUUGAAGCCUUGACAAGGUACGAAUAUUCAUUCAGAAUUUCAGACAGCAAUUUGGGAGGAGUCAUGACGUCAUAUGUCGACAUCACAUAUAACUUUGGACCUAUACAUUAGUGUUCCGCCACGGGCUUCAUCUACUUUAUUUUACUCUUAUGAAUAUGGUUUCUUCUAAUAUAAGUAAUAAAGAAUGCUGUCGAAAAUUAGGUAGGGAUGUAAAGUAUACUAUUUCUAAGUAAUAUCUUUGUCAAAUGCACAGAAAAAAGUUAUUCCAGAAAAACACCAGGACAAUGGCUCUGAAUCUCGUAGUAAGACUCACCCAGCCUUGGUUCUGAAUCAUUUACACAAACCUCAUUCAAACUCUGGAGACUUACGCCUGCUCCAACCUCACUAACACCUGACAUAGCUUCUAUCAUCUCUAUACUCUCGCGUAACUCUGCUAGGCUCUGACUUACACUUUUUCAACACUUUCACUCAAAGGAAACUUACACACACUGUAAGUAUCAUCUUUCCCAUGACUAAGUGUUGUUCCCAAUCUAUUAAAAUCUUGUGUAUUCUUGUCCACAUUCUUUGUACUUUCCAAGUUCACUCCUUUCACAUUCUUCUCAAAUCCCUCAAAAUCAAUUUCACCCUCAUUCACACUACCACCACACACCACAUGGGUAUUUUCACUCCUCACGCUUGCUGACUUCUCAAACUCCUCAAAAUCAAACAACCCUUCCCUUGUACUCUCUCCAAACGACCUAGUAAACAUACCCUUACUUUUUCUACUUCUUUUUCCUUUAGGCUGUCUCUUUCAUUCCACCAACACUAGCUGUUCAUCUCCCCAAUUUAUAUCUUCUGUUGUUUAAUUCUACCAUUCCUUCUCCUCCUUAACAUCUUCCUAAUUGAAUAUUCCAGUAUGUAUUUUUCUGGUUCUUUCCAUUUUCUCAACUGAUUAUAGUGUUCUUAUUACCUUUACAUUUCCUUCUUCCUUCCUGUGUUCUAACAUAAUUCAAGCCAUUUGACCACACUGUUUUCACUUGCAUGUGUUCGAUGAAGGAAACACCAAGAUAUUAAAAGUAGGUUCUUAAUGUCUAAGUGAAGCAACAAAUAACAGUGGUGCAAAUUACGUGCAAGCCAGGAAUGAAGAGCGGUGCUGUACUGGUGAAAGAUUACUGCCAGAUAAGCAAGGCUUGGUCAUUAUUAUUGUACGAUACAUAUAAAAAUGACAUAAUUUAAUACAUUAAAGAGGUAUAUAAAAGGCCAUGAUAUAUGAAUGUAAUGCAUAUAUAUUAAAGGUUCAUAAAUUG